GUAAAGUAGUAAAAGACCACAAAGUCCCCACCACAUUACCAUAUUUGCACUUUCUUUCAUUCUUUCGCCUCUGGGAAAGGAAGUCUCGGGUGAUUCUCCUCCUCCUCCUAUAUCCGUCUUCACUCUUGACUUGAGUCCUAACUCUAUAAAUUAAAGUUUUCUCCAUGAAUGAAACAUUCAUCCUCUCAAUCUCCACCUCCAAACACUAGCUGUUUUGAUCGUUAAUGGCUUGUUUAAGCGACAAUACUUGGGUGGGUGCAGGCGCCUCUAUGUCCGUGUUUUCCAAGCGGUUGUCAAUGGCAGAAGAGAAGCAACAGAAGGACGAGAAAGUGAUGGAAACAAAGUCUUUUAUAGCCUGGCCUUUUGAAAACGUGUUCCCGGUUUACGCAAAGCCGAGUUUGAAGUCGGACUCUGUCUUGAACCUUGUUAAUGGGUUAUGUUCGGAUUUCAAUGACCCGAUUUGGGACGCUAUUAGGGAAGAGGCGAAGGUGGAGGCAGAAAAGGAGCCAAUUUUGAGUAGCUUCUUAUAUGCCAGCGUCUUGGCUCAUGAUUGUUUAGAGAAAGCAUUGGCUUUUGUUCUUGUAAAUCGACUGCAAAAUCCGACAGUCUUGGCAACUCAAUUAACGGAUAUAUUUUGUAAUGUGAUAAUGCAUGACAAAGGCAUUCGGCGUUCAAUUCGCUUAGAUGUCCAGGCAUUCAAAGAUCGGGAUCCAGCUUGUUUGUCAUAUUGCUCAACCCUCUUGUACCUUAAGGGUUACCAUUGCCUGCAAUCUUACCGGGUGGCACAUUCUUUGUGGAACCAAGGACGAAAAGUGUUAGCAUUGACAUUACAAAGUCGAAUAAGUGAGGUUUUUGGAGUCGAUAUACAUCCAGCUGCAAAAAUUGGAGAAGGGACAUUACUGGAUCAUGGGACUGGUGCAGUUAUUGGUGAAACUGCAAUCAUAGGAAACAGAGUUUCAAUAAUGCAUGGAGUGACUUUAGGAGGGACUGGGAAAGAAUGUGGUGAUCGCCAUCCAAAGGUAUCUGACGGGGCACUACUUGGAGCAUGUGUCACUAUCCUGGGGAAUAUAAAGAUAGGUGAAGGGGCAAUGAUAGCCGCUGGAUCCCUUGUACUGAAGGAUGUGCCUCCACAUAGCAUGGCAGCAGGAACACCAGCUAAGGUGAUUGGAUACAUAGAUGAACAGGACCGGUCUCUAACAAUGAAGCAUGAUGCCACGAAAGAAAUCUUUCAGCACAUUGCUGUUAGUUUCGGAUAUUGCAGGACCAAUGGAGCUUUGGAUCAAGAUUCAAGAGAUGAAGUGAUUGAGUCACUGAGAGAGGGGUGCAGGGGCAUGGGCAUAAAAAUCUUCUGGCAAAAGCAGUUUUCACCAUUCAUCCUUACAGGAACUAAUAUAUUUCACACACCAUGUUGUACAUAUCGGUCAAUUAUAGUUUUCAUGUUCUUCGCUUUCUUGUUCUUCCUACCAUUUUGUGGUGGGUAAACCAUUCAUCAAUAUCAAUGGAUUGGAUUUUGGAGAUGUCUUGAGCUCAUUGCUGAUAUAAUGUUUGAAAUUUGUAAUUCUGAGAUGGGGAAAAUUGAGUUUAAGUCUGUUUGGAGUAACAUAUUCGGUGAUGAUUUGCCAAAUUACUACUGCAUCCUCGUCAAAAUGGAUAGGAAAAUAAUCUCCUCUUGGGUCGUGGCCUUGUCAACCAUGCUAGCAUUCCAAGGAAGCUGAUUACUACAUCUCCUAAUUACAGCUUACACAGUGUUGGGGGCAUCAAAACAAUGUUGUUGUCUUUUAUAAAAUAGAGGUAUUCCAAAACCUUCUUCUGUAAUCUGAUUAUAUGUAUAUAUUUCUUCAAAUGUGAGAGACGUUACGACUUA